UAGCGUAGAAAAACCGAAAGAUAAACCAAGGUGAAGUUUUCUAAACGAGUGAUUCUCAGAUCGAUAAUUAUCAAUUAGAGCAGUCAUCGCAUCUAUAAUUUCUAGGCAUCAUUCUAUAAAAUAUUUAUAACAAAAAAUUAUGACCCAUUUUUUCGAAAUUUCGAUGGUGGAAUCAAAACUUCUCUUUGGUGGAAUCACAGAUAAAAACGAGUUUUCUGUGGUUUAGAAUUCUUCUGAAUCUGAACAUGAAAGAAGCGGCAAUCAAUUAAUUAAUUUAACUAAAUUUGAGCAAAAGAAUUCACUUUUUUUCACGCUUACAGUUUAUAUUAUAAAUCUCCAAAAUGUCUUUAAUUAGUAGAAAUCUGCCACGAUUAUUUGUUCAGACUAGCCAAAUAGCUGCUUCCAGGAAUAUACAUGGAAAUAUUAUUGCUAAUCAUCCUAAAAUCACUGAAACCGAUGGAACAAAAAUAAAAUGCACUCUAAUUCCUGGAGAUGGGGUUGGACCAGAAUUGAUGGCUUCAGUUGAUAAGCUUUUCAAAGCUGCUGGAGUUCCCAUAGUUUUCGAAUCCUACUUUUUCUCAGAAGUAAAUCCAACAUUGAGUAUGGACCUAGAUGUUGUUGCUUCAUCCAUUGAAAGGAACAGAGUGUGCCUCAAAGGAAUUUUAGCUUCCCCUGAUUUUGGCCAUAUUGGGGAACUUCAAACUCUAAAUAUGAAACUUAGGAAUGCUCUUGAUCUAUAUGCAAAUGUUGUGCAUAUCAAAUCACUACCAGGUGUGAAGACCAGACAUGAUAAUAUUGAUUGUGUUAUAAUUCGCGAGCAAACAGAGGGAGAAUACUCUGCACUAGAACAUGAAAGUGCUAAAGGUGUUGUAGAAUGUCUGAAGAUUGUAACAGCCAAGAAGUCGCAAAGAAUUGCAAAAUUUGCUUUCGACUAUGCUGUAAAGAAUAAUAGGAAGAAGGUCACUGCUGUCCAUAAGGCUAACAUUAUGAAACUGGGAGAUGGUUUGUUCCUUCGAAGCUGUGAAGAAAUCGCAAAACUUUACCCCACAAUUGAGUUUGAAAAGAUGAUUGUUGACAAUUGUACUAUGCAGAUAGUAUCAAACCCAAGUCAAUUCGAUGUUAUGGUAACACCGAAUCUUUAUGGUAACAUUGUAGAUAAUGUUUGUUCUGGAUUAGUUGGUGGUGCAGGAGUUGUAGCUGGUUCUUCCUACUCUGCAAAAUGUGUUGUUUUCGAGCCCGGAGCAAGACAUACCUUUUCUGAAGCAGUUGGUAAAAAUGUUGCCAAUCCAACAGCAAUGCUGUUAUGUGCUGCUAAGCUCCUCAACCAUGUAAAUUUACCAGCUUAUGGACAAAUGAUAAGAGAUGCUAUAAACAAGGUUUUGAUUGAUGGAAAAGUUCGCACCAAAGAUCUUGGAGGACAGGCUAGUACCCAGGAGUUCACUUUUGCUGUUAUAAAUAAUUUGAAAAUACCUACAAGUUCAUAUGCGUAAAACCAAACUUUUUUUUUCAAGACUUCCUGAUAUAAAUUUCAGUUUUGGAGGAGAAAAAUGUUUUUCCAAAAUUGGAAUUUAAGUUGAUUUUAAUCAGUAUAAUAAGUGUGAUUCUCAUUUUAUUUAUUUUAAUCUGUAAGGAGUAAUAAAAUGUACAAUAAAUUGACUAAUUUUAUAACAGAA